GCUACUUUGUUGCAUUUGUCCUCUUCUGGAGCUUCACCGCCGCCAGGAUUUUGCACACCGUCGUUUACGCCGUCAAACCAUUGCCGCAGCCAGCGCGAGCACUUUCCUUUUUCGUCGGAAUCAUCAUCACUUUUUACAUAAUUUGGCACUUGAAAAGAGCGGAGGGCGACCGAAUUUUUCCUUCUUCACGCGAUCGUCUCAAAUAUGGAACAAGAUGAGGAAUUCCAGCAGAGAUUUGCAGUUUACGCUUUUAAUGCAAGUCUUCUCGCGAUCAAAUUGUUCGCCGUCGCCUUUUCAACAGGUUUUGUGCGAGAAAAGAAAAAGGUCGUCAUCAAUCCUGAGGAUGCCAAAGUUUUGAGAAUCACAGAGCUGAGCACGACUGAGCACCCUGCAGUUGCCAGAGUUAAAAGAGCCCAUCUGAAUGACUUGGAAAACAUUCCCGCCUUCAUGAUAAUUUCGCUGAUUUGGAUUUACACCAAGCCUGAUUUGAUCGUUUGCCACGUUUUGCUGUGGCUCUUCACAAUUGUCCGAUUCGUCCACACGGCCGUCUACGCUUAUUACCCGGUGCCGCAGCCGGCCAGGGGAAUUUGCUUCAUCGUUGGAGUUCUAAUUACGCUCUACAUGAUAAUUAUGAAUUUUAUUCAUUUUUCACAAUUCCUGUAAAAAUUCUACGCAAAACACUCCUUAUUGUAUUUAAAUUAUUUAUGUAGAAAUUAAAUUUUGGAACUGUGAAACUGA